GGUUUUUUUGCCGUCGACGCCGCUCCAGUAAUAGCGGAUGGGAUCUUAUGGCGAUGUACACAUGCAGCGUUAAAAUAGAUGAUUGUAUUUUUCAACGCCGACGGUAGAAAUGCUGCCGCCGGCUGCCACUACUGACCGACGGCGACGCGACGGCCCACUCUGGUGGUUGAUCAUGGCCGACAUGGAUGUUGUUAUUGACAAUGAAUUGUUGAUUCAUUGUGUCCAAACAAGGCCUGUUUUGUGGGACAAAACAUUGGAGAGUUUCAAAGAUCGGAACGUCACAAGGAAUGCGUGGCAUGAAGUUUGUCUCGAACUGCUGAAGGAUUUUGACAACCUGGAAGACAGCAAAAAGAAUGACUUUGUCAAGUGGGUGCCAGAAGGCAGAUUUCUUCCGGUAGAUUAUGUGAACCACUUAGAAUUGAUUUCCACAGCUUAG